AUGCGUCUACCGCGCGGAACGGGAGAGGUUGAACCAGCAACCAGCGAUGGGUUUGAAAGGGUCGGGGAAUCAGUCGGGAUUGGAGAAGGGAGAGGAGUCACUCGAAUACCGAGUAGGAACGCGCUCAAGAGAGCAAACCAGGUGGAGGCGAGCAGGGGACAGGGGACCAUCUCCACCGCCUGCAACUUUGAGGAUUCCGCACUUAAACUACUUUGGGACUAG